GGGUGGAGGUGCUUUUGUUGGGGGAAUGGUUGGAGGCCCAGCCGGUAUAGCUGUUGGUGGUACUUUGGGAAGUCUCUUGGGAACUUGGAUGACCAGUGGCUAUUUCAAACCUCUUCCUGAGAUCAUCAUGGAGCUGCCUCCUAAAUAUAAGGAGAAACUGUACUCUGAUGUCAUGGCUGCAUUGGGCACUCUGGACUGGACAGACGUCGCUAGCCUCGUUGCUCUGGUUAUGGGCAGUGCCACCCUGCAAGAACAAGUGCUUGCUGCUAUACUCACUUAUGCCACGAAAGAGCUCAAAGCCGAAGUGCAGUAUGAAAAAUGACCACUAGAGAGUUAAUGUCACCAGCCAGUGUUACUAAAUACUGGUCCUGUUUGGUUAUAUUAGAUACUCCUGUUGCUUUUACCCAUGGUUAUAUUUCUAUAUAUUUUUAUAGCUACUAAUGCCAUUUAAACAGUAUAAAGAAAAUGAGCUAUUUCUGUGCAUAAUGCAGGUUAUACUCUAAUAAAGCACAUGUUGUUUCUGUGGCUAUAUAUUCUCUAAUAAACAUCUCUCAUUUCUGGGA